AUAAAUGUUUGAGAUCAUUGACUUCUACAGGGUUGACUGCUUUGCUUACGGCAGAAUAGAACUUUGGUUUUUGAGAAUGGAAAAGAAUUUUUCGUGUUGAUCAACCCAUUUUUUUUUAAAUAUUUUGUUAGCGAACUGAAAAAUUUGGGAUAUCUAGAAUAUUAUGCUAAAAACAUACCUUACAUAGUAAGGUUUAUCAUUGUAAAGCCUGCAAUGAUAUUACUUUGAUCAUUUUGUGUGGGUUUUGUGCCUUGUUCUCAAUUUUUAAAAUCGUUUAGUGUCUUAUUCCAGCCUAAGUAUUCAUUAAACACAUAGUAAAUAUGUGGAAAUGUCAUAAGUGUGGAAAACCUGUCUAUUUUGCUGAGCGAAAGCAGUCCUUGGGCUACAAUUGGCAUCCAGAAUGUCUAAGAUGUGAAGAAUGCGGAAAAAGAUUAAACCCUGGUCAGCAUGCAGAACAUAAAGGCGUACCUUAUUGCCAUGUCCCUUGCUAUGGUGCCCUUUUUGGGCCCCAACUUUUUGGACAUGGAACAAGGGUGGAAUCCCAUAAAAGCUUUGGACCAAUAAAAGAUGUUUCUAAACUUGGCAAUGGUCCAUCAAAUCCGCCCAGAUCUGUCAUGAACUCUAAAUUAAAGAGCUACAAUCAGUUCCAUGAAGGAAAAAGUGGAGAAAUAAGAAGUAGAGAAGUAAAUGGUCGAUUGAUACUUGAAGGACCCUUAAGAAUAUAUUGGGGAGUACAGGGUGUUAUUCAUUUGAAGGAAAACGAUGAUCAACGAACAGUUGUUACUGUUAGAAAGAGAAAUUCAUGCAGAUAUUCAUCAUCCAUAAAUUCAGAUUCUGAAAAUGAUGUUGAAAAUAUCUCAAGAGAUACUAGCUACAACGAUUUAUCUACUGCAUCAGACACGUCUACCGUGGACUCUUUCGAUACUAGCAGAUGUGACACAGGUAUAGAAAGUGGUAGUGAUUCAACAGACAGUAGCACUGUUGAAAACAGUCCUACAACCCCACCGCACAAUUCAUUCCACAAAAGUGUUACCUUACCUUCGAAACUAGACGUGAAACAGAUGGAAUGGGACGAACUGGAUGACCUUCUGCAGGUUGAACGAAGGGUCAGUGAAACCGAGAAGCUGUAUCAAACGAUGCCUUUGCCUUUACCCUCUCAGUUGAGCGGAGAGAAUGGUAGUAAAGAAAAUCACAGUCCAACUGAUACCGAGUGUUCGAGCAAAAGCAUCGCAGCUCCGAAAAUCCAAACUCCCUCCGACAACCCCAAACAUGUAACGAAAGACGACAGUUGGAUUCUGAACAGCAACCACUUGAACCGUUCUAGAUCAGGUCCGGACUGCAUUGGUAGGGCCAGAGACUCUCAGUCUCCAGAAUUUGACAGGUCUUCAGUGGCCAGUUUUGACAUUUCAACCAUGUCCGAAUCCCCAGAAGAGGUUAUCCGUAGACCCAAAGGAUCAACAGCUAUCAGACGUAGACCUGGAAAGCGUUUAUCUAGAAGCAAGGUGAAACGAAGGUGCUCCAUUAAUGGGCAUUUUUACGAUAGAGAAACCAGCUUUUUCACCCCUCCACACGGUAGUCAGAUGAGCGUUUGGAUAACAUCUCUGGUGAACACUCAAGAGGUUAUUAAUCUCAUCCUAGAAAAGUAUAAGGUCGAGAGCGAUCCAAGCAAUUUUGCUCUGUUUAUGAUCAGAGAUAAUGGAGAACAACGAAGACUGAAAGAUGAUGAAUCUCCAUUGUGCGCUAGGGUGAUCAGUGGACCUCACGAAGAUAUAGCGAAAUUAUUUUUGAUGGACGGUCAUACAACCCCUGAAGUCAGUAACGAAGUGGCUCAGUUCUUGAACCUUUCUCUGGCAGAAUGUAGAGCUAUUUUGAAUCAGUACUAUUCUCAAGAAGAAAGAGAAGUUGCACAGUUAAAAGAGAAGUAUAAAGAGGAGAAAAGAAGAAUCUUACUAAGGAUGCAAGACUUUAAAACUAGCACAGGACUCUAAAUUUUCUGUAGGUCUUGGUGGAAGGGCUCGCCUAAUUACCUAUGCUUGAAAUCAAAAUUUGGUUUUACCAUAUACCAACUUUAUUUUAAAGUUAUUUGAAAUUUUCUAAAUUAUAUUUUAGUUUAAUUCAGUAACUGAACUCCUUUUUAUUUGGAGCUCACUACUUUAAUUUACUAUAAGUGCUUUUAAAUAGUCAUUUAAUGAAUUUUUUCACUAUACUUAGCUUCUAUAUCUAACUAAAGAAAAAAUCUGUAUUAAUAAUGUCCAGUUGAAAUCUGAUUUUAAAAUUGAUAAAUUUUAUUAUUUUUAAUCUUUGUUAUUAUAUAUUAAUUUUGUUUAUUAUAGAAUUUACAGAAUCUCACCGUAUUGUAUAAACGGUAUAUUAUUUGUUGGAGAAUAUUUAAUCAAUCUCUCAUCCUGCAGUUUCCUUCUACUUAAAUUAAAUUUAUGGAAAUACAUUAAACAAUUGUUGAAUGUU